AUAUAUCACAAAGUCCACUUCCAUGUCUAUAUAUAUAUAUUGAUAUAGUUGUGUUGGGUUAUAAGCAAAUAAUAUUGAAGAAAGAAAGAAAGAAAUGGAGGGCAAGAAAGAAACGAGCUCCAAAUGUGUUGUAUUAUUGAUGCUAAUAAUAUGUAUAUGUUCCAUAUUAGUGAACAUAUUGUUUGCGGUGAGAGUUUAUGUGGCUGGGGUAGAUGGAUUAGGUGAGCUGAGUUGGAGUAGAAAAGCUGCAGAACAAGCUGAGGCAGUGGCAGCAAUUUCAUGCUCAGGCCAUGGAAGAGCCUAUCUUGAUGGUAUCAUUCUUGAUGGGGAAAAACCAAUUUGUGAGUGCAAUCCCUGCUAUGGAGGCCUUGAUUGCUCUCACUUUUUGCCGAAUUGUUCUGCAGAUGCCGAAAGUGGGGAUCCAUAUUUCUUAGAACCCUUUUGGAUGCAAAAUGCAGAAAGCAGUGCAAUAUUAGUAUCAGGGUGGCACAGAAUGGGAUAUAGCUUCUUAUAUGACCAAUCUUACAUCUCAAAAGUGCUUGAGAAUCACAUCCGCAAAUUGCAUGGAAUUGUUGGAAAUGCAAUCACUUCUGGAAGAUACAUUAUUUUUGGUGCUGGCUCUGCACAACUCCUUAAUGCUGCUGUCCAUGCCCUCUCUCCUUCCAAUGCCUCCUCUCCUCCUGCUAAAGUUUUCGUUUCCAUUCCUUUCUACUCGUUAUAUGAAAGCCAAACGGAAUUUUUCGACUCCAAGAACUAUAAUUUUGAAGGAGAUACAAGACUUUGGAAGAACGAGUCACAUGGUAAUGAUACAAGCCUCUUAAUUGAGUUUGUAACAUCACCAAACAACCCUGAUGGGAAGCUGAACAAGGCAGUACUUAAUGGUACAAAUGCAAGAGCUAUUUAUGAUAGGGUUUAUUACUGGCCUCAUUACACAGCCAUUCCAGCUCCGGCCGAUGAGGAUAUCAUGGUCUUUUCCAUUUCCAAGUUAACCGGCCAUGCCGGAUCUAGAUUUGGGUGGGCAGUGAUAAAGGAUGAAGGUGUGUUCGAAAGAAUGACAACGUAUUUGGCUACAAAUACCAUGGGAGUUUCUAGGGAUACUCAGUUAAGAGCUUUGAAGCUUAUAAAUACAAUGCUUAAAGGAAGAAAAGGAAGAGAUAUAUUUGAAUUUGGAUACCAAAAAAUGAGUGACCGUUGGAAAAAACUGAGCCAAACACUUUCGGUUUCAACACGAUUUUCUCUCCAGAAAAUUGAAGAUCAGUACUGUAGAUUCUUUGACAAAGUUAUAAAACCUUCACCUGCUUAUGCAUGGGUGAAGUGUGAGAGGGAAGAAGAUAAAGACUGCUAUGAAGUCCUCAAAGCAGCCAAUAUCACCGGCCGUGAAGGAAGUGUUUACGGCGCCGAGAAUCGGUAUGUCCGCCUCGCCCUCAUAAGGAGUCAGGAUGAUUUUGAUCUGCUUCUGAAGCGGCUGAACAACUUAGUCUCCAAAGAAGAAGAAGAAGAAGAAGAAGAAAAGAUCAAAACCAUGUGAAUAAUGUGAUGAAUAUCAUCAUUGUCAAAAAGUUUAUAAAGUAAAAGUUUUUUUUUUCUUUUUUUUUUUUUUUGGUGAAUUAUAAUGUGAAAGGUUUGACAAAGAAUAAUGAAGGGAAAGUAUUUAUAUUUUC